AUGCCUACUCUAAACCAUUUACCACUAGAGAUAAUUCUCGCAAUUAGUUUCUACCUCUCGACCCAGGAUAUCAAGAGGCUUCGUCUUGUGGCACGGGGGCUUCGAUAUAAUCCUCUACUUCACAUCAAUCGAGUCUUUAUUUCCCCCAGCAAACGCAACCUCGAAGUCUUCAAGGCUAUAGCAGACCAUCCAAUCUUCAGAUACCAAGUCAAGGAAAUCAUCUGGGACGACGUCCGAUUCGAUCAUUAUUUGGCAGAAGACGAGUCCAAGCCAGAGACGAACUCGCAAGGGGAUUAUGAUGCAGCAAAAUCAUACAGUGAAUUUGUCAAAGAGUGCGACAAAAAUCUAAAGUAUGUGACAUGGUACGGCUUAGCUGCAACUUGGCUGGAGCAAGCCGAGAGAGUAUGGCCAGGUGUGCCGACGAGGGAGUAUUUGAGUGUUGAGGAAAGUUUUGCUUUAUACCAAAAGCUAUACAAAGAACAAGAGGCCAUUAUUUCCAGCGGCGAGGACGCCGCAGCGUUUCGACUCGGACUGAAGCAAUUCCCUGCGCUCAAGCGUGUCACGGUCACGGUUGACACGUAUGGACGCUGUUAUCUUAAUCCAAAGUACCACACGCCAUUGAUUCGGUCAUUUCCUCCUGGGUUCAAUUUCCCGCAUCCCAAACCGUGGCUUGAUGGAAAAAUGCUUUCCGGUCCUUGGGAGAAGAUGCGUCAUCAUUGGCACGGAUAUUGCACUGUGGUUUCAGAGCUUACUCGACCAUCAUCAUCAGCAGCAGAUCGGCCGACUGCUAUUUCAGAAUUCCGCAUUGAAGCUAAUUUUGGAGAGCGCAGCGCAAGAGGAAUCGGCUGGCCGCUCUUUAGCGGUAUGAGUCGCGACUAUGAGAAUCUCAGGACGCUGUGUGCAAUGCCUAGUCUGCAGCACUUGGAAUUAUCUGUCAACAGUGGGGGCUGGAGCAAGCAAGCCGGUAACUCCUUGGAGAAUGGCCUUUUUAGCAAGAUCUUGGCCGCUGCUGUGAAUCUCAAAGUCCUAAAGUUUGGCGCCAGUGUUCAUGAUGACGAUGGGGAUGCAGUUCUUCAGCGCUUAUCUAUCCUCUCUGCGCUGCCGGACCCUGCAUCAUCGUGGCCGCAUCUGCAAUGCUUGCGCUUGUCCGGAAUCUCGGCACGGCUUGACAAAUUUAUAAAUUUCCUCUCACUCCUCCCCGGCUGCCUUGGCCUGAUUGAAUUCCAUGACGUCGAGGUGGUUGGCGGCUGGAGGCAAGCUCUAACGCAAAUGCGUGACAAACUUGGCUGGCGAGGAGACAGGCCAACUGUUUGCUGGAGGGAUUCAGGACAUUCCUUUGGUGUGUACGUCCUUGUCAAGGAGGAGAUAGCAGCAUUCUUCGACGGAUCUGGAUCGAAUGUUUUCGAGAGCUCUUCAUCAGACGAGGCCUGGGUUAAACACAAUUUCGGGAGGAGGAAGUGUGAUUUCGAUGAAACAUUUGAUUUUGGAAACGUAAACAUACGAACAUGUAUCAUGGGAGUGUGCCACACAACGCCAUCGAGGCUUUUGAAGCUUCAUGGGGGCCGAAGAAACAGACUGACUUUGACCAGCCUAGAAAAUAACCAUUUGGAGUACUUGAGUCUUUCCACGGCAGAGCUUUUCCACACUACCUACUAG